AUGCUUAGGCAUUCAAGUUAGGAUGGUGAAUUCAUAGCCAAAGAUUUACUAGUAGUAAGUUGGAUUCAUACUUAGCCGAUUGGUUUAGAAAAUGAAAUUGAUGCCGUACUUUGGAGAAAUUAAAUAGAAGAGGGAUUUUUUAAAUUACAAUUUUUAGAAGAGUUACUUCCAAAUACCUAUGAAAAAUUCACAGAUUCAAAGUAUUACCAGUAUGAAAAGAAUGCAUUUAACAUGAAAAAACUAAAGAAAGAGAUGGAAAGUUACGAAAAAAAAUUAAAGCUCAAACAUGAAUAACUUAAGUCAUUCGAUCUCUAUAAUGAUCAAUAUGAAAUGUUUUCAUUACAUUCUUUACAAAAGGACUAUAACAUUAAAAAUUAGUAAAUCUGUUAAGGGAGGUUGGUUUUAAGAGAAAUAGGACUUUUUGCUGGGGCUAAAGCCACAGUUGUUAAGCACUAUGUAUUGAUUAUUGUUCUUGGAAAGCUAUUCUUGCCUUUUCUUGCCCGAUAUUAUGAUUAUGGAACAUUCUUAGGGUUUUAAAAAUGGGAUAGCUAUUUAUAUCAGGCAGUAGAAUUACCAUGUAUGGGACUCAUAUUAGGUCUCAAUUAUGUAUUCAUAGUGGUUGGAUUCAUAGAUUUUUAGAGGCGAGUGUAUAUGAUGAAGGCAGUAGGGGCUCUAAUUAAUCCGUUCAAAGAGAAUUUGGACAUUAAAUACUAAGUUUUUCCUACAAUAGAUUUAACUGAAAAGCAUUAAUUGUUUUAGUGGUUUAAGCUUAGAUUAUGUGCGAUGGAUUUUGGCAGAAAAUAUAUGAAUAGAAUAUUUGUCUAUUGCUCUACCUUCUUCGGGGCUUAUUUGUUCUUUGUGAUCAUUGUUUUGCUUAAUUUUUUUGAAUUGAUUGAUUUCUAAUUCACCAGGAUCACAUACAUGCUAAUAAUUUAUGACAUUAUAGUAGUCUUGGGAGUUAUUUUGUUGAUGCUAUACAAUGGUGCUAUUGUUAAUCAUUAGUUUAUUGAGCAUAGAUUAUAGCUUUUGAAAAUAAAAGAAGCAUUGCUUUUCAUUAGAAUGAACAUCAAGGAAGUCAGAGAUGGAUACAAAUUUACAGGAUAAUUGAAGAGAUAGAUUGCAUUUGUGAGAGAUUAGAAACAGAUGGUGAGCAUUAGCCAUUGA